CUUUUAUUGAAUAAUGACGCAAAUCCUUUACUAAAAGAUAGUCAAGGCCGAACUCCAAGGGAUAUUGUCGGUGAUGUAAAAGGUAAAAAGGCUAUAAUAGAAAUGUUAGAGGAAGGAGAUAGUCAAGGCCGAACUCCAAGGGAUAUUGUCGGUGAUGUAAAAGGUAAAAAGGCUAUAAUAGAAAUGUUAGAGGAAGGAGAACAACGUUAUGCUGAGGCAGGAGCUACGAGAAGACAAAAUAGACAAGGCACUUUACCGCAGCCUAAUAAUAAAACUCCAGGAAAUUUAGCUGUGAACGGAAAUAACGCAACUGCUGCAGUGCAAGCAUGUAAUGCAAGAGAUCAGGAAGAGAACAACGGAACUACACCAAACAACAGAAAAAUCUAUGUACAAGAUGAGGAUGAACAGACUUCUUCAAACUCAAUCAUUAAUGAAAACAAUACAGACAAAGUAGAUGAUACAUUAGAAAGAGAACAGGCUCUAAGAGAAAGAAAUGCUGUGGAGCAAAAGUUGCAAGAGGUAGAACAAAGACUUGCCAAUAAUCAGAAGCGCAUAGAACAAACCGGUCAUAAUCAACAUUCGGAACAAUACGGUGCUACAUAUAAUGGUGAACAGACCUUUUUAAAUAAAAGUAAUAGUGGCGAUAGUGGAAUAUAUUUUGAUGCAGAUGAAUCUGAAGCUUUAGGCCAAUCUAUAUUAGAAAAUGGAGAAGACAUUAAUGCACAAGAUAAAGAUGGCGUGACCCAUUUACAUUAUGCUGCUACAUAUGGUUAUGUAGAGAUUGCAGAAUAUCUAAUAGAUAAUGGAGCAGAUGUUGAUGCACAAGAUAAAGAUGGCGUGACCCCUUUACACUAUGCUGCUGCAAAAAGCGCUAAAGAAUCAGUAAAACUUUUGAUAAAACGUAAAGCAAAUAUUAAUGCACAAGAUAAAGAUGGACAUACCCCUUUAUAUUUUGCUGUUGCAAAUGACAAUAAAGAAUUAGCAAAACUUUUGAUAAAAUAUGGAGCAGAUCGCUCAUUGAUAAAGGAUGAAGACCUAAUAGAUAGACUAAACAGUAUGUGUGAUCAGCCAUCUGAGGUUGUAUCUAGUACUUCUUCCCAUUCCAAAACACACAACGCAAUGGAAACUCCAGAAGAAGCAGAAAAGGUU